GAUGACGACGGGCUCGAUUCCGACUUUGCGCGCGCGUUCGCGAAGGAGAUGGAGUCGUUUAUGAAGGAUCUCGGUGGGCAGCAUCCUGGGGCCACCGGCGUCGCGGGUACGGGGCAGGAGGGAGGCGGGGAGUCGAGCGAUGUAGAAAAGGAGCGGCUCAUGGCUGCCUGGGAAGCGAUGCUGGUCGAGGGCAUGAACGGCAUGAGCGAGGGCGCGCCCACCGGUACCGUCCCCGCGGAAGACAACGACUUCCAGAAGACGAUCCGGGAGACGAUGGACAAGAUGAAGCAGAGCGAGGAGGCGCUGAAGGAGGCCGACAACGCGCCGCCGCCGGACUCGCUCGAGGCGCUCCUGGCGCAGCUCAAGCUCGACGGCGAGAACGGCGAGACGGAGGAGGACUUCCAGAGCAUAUUGGAGAGCAUGAUGACACAGCUGAUGAGCAAGGAUGUGCUGUACGAGCCGCUCAAGGAGCUGCACGAUAAGUUCCCAGAUUACCUCGCGGAGAACUCGGCCAAAUUAUCGACAGCGGAUAAGGACCGGUACGAGCGGCAAUACUCGUGCGUCCAACAGAUCGUCGAGGUGUUCGAAGACCCGUCCUACUCGGACGAAGACGCGCAAAAGGGGACUCGGAUCGUCACCCUCAUGAACGAGAUGCAAUCUCAUGGCUCGCCGCCGCCGGAGAUCAUGGGCCCCCUCCCGCCCGGUCUCGACGUCGGCCCCGACGGCUUGCCAAAGCUGCCAGAUGGGUGCACGAUAGCGUGA